GCAACCUGCAAUGAUGUUUAUCUUUCCUUAUCUCAAAUUUAUGGCUCCAUGUUCUGCCUAUACCUUCCUCCCCCUCAAAUUGAUCUUAUUCAUAGAGUGAUACUUAUUAUUUUCUAUUUGCUUGCUCUACAAGUGUGUGUAUAUAUAUAUUCUUAGACAGUGAUAACUUUGUGUCCCAACUUAUCAGAAAGAGAAGGUUUGGGUUGAAAGAUGGUGGGUGUUUUUUCAUUGGUAACAGGAAGGCAUGGUCCAAGUGGUUUUGGAUCAGCUUCAACUGCAGAGCAGGUUACUGAAGGAAUUGAUGCCAGCAACCUCACUGCAAUUAUUACAGGAGGAGCAAGUGGAAUAGGGUUGGAGACAGCACGAAUCUUGGCUCUUCGAAAGGCUCAUGUAAUCAUUGCGGUGCGAAACAUGGUGUCUGCAAAGAAAGCUAAAGAACAAAUACUGCAGGAGAAUGAGUCUGCAAGAGUGGACAUAAUGAAUCUCGACCUCUGCUCAGUAAAGUCUGUUAGAUCAUUUGCGGAAAAUUUCAAUGCUCUUGAUCUUCCUCUCAACAUAUUAAUAAACAAUGCUGGAAUCAUGUUCUGCCCCUUCAAGCGCUCAGAGGAUGGGAUUGAGAUACAGUUUGCAACAAACCAUCUUGGCCAUUUCCUGCUGACCAACCUUCUUCUUGACAAAAUGAAACAAACUGCAAAAGCAACUGGAAAAGAGGGCAGGAUCGUAAACCUGUCAUCAAUUGCCCAUAACUACACUUACAGAAAGGGGAUUAGAUUUCAUAAGAUCAAUGAUCAAAAUGGUUAUUCUAACAAGAAGGCUUAUGGGCAGUCCAAGUUAGCUAACAUAUUACAUGCAAAUGAGCUUUCUCGUCGCCUGAAGGAAGAGGGUGUGAACAUCACAGCCAACUCAGUCCACCCAGGAGUGAUAAUGACUCCACUUAUGAGACAUUCUUCUUACCUUAUGCACUUCUUGAAGGUCUUCACCUUUUACAUAUGGAAGAACGUCCCGCAGGGAGCAGCCACGACAUGCUAUGCUGCUCUGCACCCAAGUAUGGAAGGGGUAACUGGGAAGUACUUUGUGGAUUGCAAUGAGUUUAAGCCAAGCUCAUUUGCCAGAAACAAAAUUUUAGCAAGGAAACUCUGGGAUUUCAGCAACAAGUUGAUCGAUUCAAUUUCAAAAGCUUGACUGCACUUGCUGCAUGCUUGGUCACCAGUUUAUCAACACUCGUUAUGUUAUGCAAUAAGCAGCACAUGUUAAAGUUAUGGAUCUAUGAUGUCUUUUUCUGUGUGAAUGUUUCUAAACUUAUUCCUAAUUACGCUUUUAUGAAAUAAUGUGAAAAGUAAGACCAUCAUGUAUCUUUAGCAUAAAUAAGACCAUUUAAGUACU